GGUACUUCAUAUAUCCAGUGGGGAACUAUGAAUUGCACCAAUGAUAAUGCAGAACUGAUUUAUUCUGGUUUUGUUGGUGGAUCUUCAUAUACCAGUGGUGGCGUUCCAAAUAAGCUCUGUGUUCCGAAAGAACCACAGUGGGGUAUUUAUGAUGGUAAUAAAGUUAACAGCAAUCCUUUCAUCGGUGCUACUUUGUUCGAUAACUGGGACAUCAACAUCAAGAACACACUUUUUGACAAGAAAUACACGCAUUAUAUAAUUCAGUGUGCUGUUUGUCAUGUGACCAAAGCAAGGUCAACGAUCAUGAUACCGGGAAGGAAAACAUGCUACAAAAAUUGGAAUGAGGAAUACCAUGGUUACCUGAUGGCUGGGUUUCCUGAUCAUAAGGCUGCUUCGGAAUAUAUCUGUGUUGAUGAAAACCCGGAUCACAUCACAAAAGUACCUAGCUGGACCGACAAAUCUCUUUUGUACUCGGUUUAUUCAAGAUGUAACGGAGCCACCCCUUGUCCACCCUACGUCAAUGGUAGAGAAAUGCCGUGUGUAAUUCGUUCUAGAUAAAUACAAUGAGAUGUUUAAGCUGUCAUA